AUGAUUUCCACCAGCCAAGUUUCAUUUUCAUUGGGGAUGCCUUCUAAUAGUCAACUUGCCUGUGCAUGCAUCGUUAUUUGUGUUCAUGCUUUGGGUUGGUUCUUACUUACAAGCUCUCAUUCAACUUUACUUGUAUUGCAGAAAGAACGGUACAUAGUGACUUAUAAUCCUUCAAAGGGCAAUAUCUAUGCCUUGUUCAAGGAUCAAGCAAAAUCUGAUGAUAUUCUGAAAGCAGCUUUUCAUGCUCAUGUGCUGCUUCACAUAGUUCAAUCGUCCAAUCAGAGCCAGCAAUCCUUGAGAAAACAAGAUGAUGAUCUUUCACCUGUAUCACCUUCAAUCGGUGAUCUACAAUCUCAUAUUGCAGAAUCAUACAAGCUGGUGUCAGCUCUAUAUGGGCCUUUUAAAACCAAAGUCAAAGAACAGGUAAGGCACACCUAAAUUAUAGAGCAGGACCAAAAUGGAUUUUCUGACAUACUUAAAAGAAGUUAGUGAAAUUCAUUUCUUUCUAAACUUGUGUGUGAUGAUAUGAUGCCCUGAAGUAUAGCCAGAUUAACAA